GAACAUUGUCUUAUUGAUUCUUCUCUUUCUAAUUCAAUUUUCUAUAUCACUUGCUUCCUCAAAUGAGACUGACCAACAAGCUUUACUAGCUUUCCAAAAUCUUGUUACAAGUCCCACUCAUUUUUUAGCCAUUAAUUGGACCAACAAUACUUCUUUUUGCUCUUGGUUCGGUGUCACUUGCAGUUCAAAAAGGCAAAGGGUUGUGGCCUUGGCUCUUCCUAAUUUGCAACUGCAAGGCACAAUUUCCCCAUCUUUGGCCAAUUUGUCCUUUCUCAGUGUUCUCAAUCUCAACAACAAUCAGCUGGAAGGAAGUAUACCAGCAAGUUUAUUUCAACACCGAAGAGUUCAAGUAAUUUCAUUGGCCUUCAAUAAACUCGGUGGUGAAAUGUGGAAAGGGCCAUGGUAUGUACCCGAACUUAGAGUGUUAAAUCUCAGGAACAAUAGCCUCACGGGUAUAAUCCCUCCUUCUAUUGGAAAUGCCACAAAGUUGCUGAACUUCAGUUUGUCUGGGAAUAGAGUCAGUGGCAACAUUCCAAAGGAGGUCGGUAAUCUAAGCCAACUUGCAUAUUUGUCCUUUGUCAAUAAUCAAUUAACAGGUUCCAUUCCCACAACACUGUUUAAUAUCUCAUCAUUGCUUGUCAUAAGUCUGUACAACAAUAGCCUUUCUGGCCGUCUCUUGCUUGAUGAAGGGAAUAUUGUGUCAAAUCUGAAGUUUUUAAGUAUAAGUUAUAACCAAAUUUCUGGUAGCAUUCCUUCCAACAUAUGCCAACUCACAGAGCUCAAAAUUUUGUCCAUAUCUUUCAACAAUAUAACUGGAGACAUACCCAAAAAUAUUGGUUGUUUAUCUAAACUCGAGAGGUUCUAUAUUGGGCGUAAUGCAAUAAGUGGGACUAUUCCCACUUCAUUGGGAAAUAUUUCCACUCUGCAAUUUCUUGAUUGUGGAAACAAUCGGAUAGUCGGUCAAAUUCCAAAGGUUAUUUUCAACAUAUCUUCUUUGGAAAUUAUUGAUUUCAGUUUCAAUAACCUCUCUGGUAGAAUUCCAACCACUAUAGGUCUUCAUCUUCCGAACCUUAAAGAACUUAACUUGGCAGUCAAUCAGCUGGAAGGGGAAAUUCCAUUGUUCAUAACAAAUGCUUCCAAGCUUGAGCUACUGGACUUAAAUGAUAACUUUCUCACAGGCGCAAUUCCUACAAAUUUAGGAAAUCUUCGUGAGCUGCAAUCACUGUUGCUACAUCAUAAUCAGCUUACCAAUCAACCAAGAGAGCGUGAGUUGCGAUUGUUCAAUUCUUUGGCGGACUGUAGGAUGUUGCGAUAUCUACAAGUGGGUGCCAAUCCAUUGAAUGGCGUUCUGCCCAAUUCUAUUGGGAAUCUUUCAUCUACAAUUGAAAACUUUGGAACAGCAGAUGCACACAUCAACGGCCUCAUCCCCACAAGUAUAGGCAACAUAAGUGGUGUAAUAACCCUAAGUUUUUCGGGAAACAACUUGACAGGGAAUAUUCCUUCUGAGAUUGGUAAGCUUAAGCAACUGCAAGGUCUGGGUCUAAUUAAGAAUAAAUUGCAGGGACAUAUUCCAGAGGCAGUAUGCCAUUUAUCCAAUUUGGUUCAAUUAUUUCUGGAUGGUAAUGAGCUCUCUGGAUCAAUUCCAGAAUGCUUAGGAAAUCUUAGCAUGCUACAACAUCUUUAUUUGGGUUCUAAUAAAUUUUCAUCAAAACUUCCAUUGAGCCUUUGGAAGAUGAGUGGCCUUCUCUAUUUAAGCGUGUCACAAAAUUCUAUAGAGGGAGAAGUUCCAUCAGAUAUUGGAGGACUGAAAGCCAUUAUAGAACUAUAUCUUUCCAGUAACCACUUUUCAGGUAUGAUACCAACCAGAUUUGGGGUACUCCAAACCCUGCAGUCUCUUGACCUAUCGAACAAUUCAUUUUUUGGCCAAAUUCCAUUAUCCUUUGCCAACUUGAUAAGCUUGGAAUUCUUGAAUUUGUCUUUAAAUGCAUUGUCAGGUACUAUUCCUAAGUCAUUGGAAACACUCUCGUCCCUGAAAAGCAUUAAUGUUUCAUUUAAUGGUUUAGAAGGUGAAAUACCCGGUGACGGUGUGUUUGCAAAUUCCACUUUGCAAUCAUUUCUCGGGAACAAGGGUCUAUGUGGAGCACACAUAUUGGAGAUUCCUUCUUGUGCUAUCACCAAUCCUGGACAACAAUCAAAGCUAAAGGAGAUUGUGCUAAAAAUUGUUACUCCAGUGAUUAUUUCAUCCUUUCUGAUAUUUUUGUUGGUUUCAAUUUGGAUAAUGAAACGACAGAAGAAAGGAAAGUCCAAAGAUGUGGAAAAAGUACCGGAGAUCGGGACUUAUCAAUUUGUUUCUUAUCACGAGAUUCAACGAGCAACAAAUAAUUUUGAUGAAUCAAAUUUAAUUGGUGUGGGAAGUUCUGGCUCUGUGUACAAAGGCACAUUAUCUGGUGGAAGUGUAGUGGCGAUAAAGGUUCUGGAUUUGGAAAAUGAGCAAGUAUGCAGAAGGUUUGAUACUGAAUGCGAAGUGAUGAGAAAUGUUAGACACAGAAAUCUUGUUCCGGUGAUUACUACUUGUUCUAGUGACUAUAUAAGAGCCUUUGUUCUGCGAUAUAUGCCCAACGGGAGUCUUGAGAAUUGGUUGUACAGAGAAGAUUGCCACUUGAACCUUCAUCAAAGAGUCGCCGUAAUGCUUGAUGCAGCUAUGGCAAUUGAAUAUCUACAUCAUGGUAAUGUUACUCCAAUUGUUCAUUGUGACCUAAAGCCAGCCAACGUUCUUUUGGAUGAAGAUAUGGUGGCUCGUGUUGGUGAUUUUGGAAUCUCUAAAAUUUUAGCCAUAAGCAAGUCCAUGGCUUAUACUGAGACAUUGGGCACUCUUGGAUACAUUGCACCAGAAUAUGGCUCGGAGGGAAUAGUGUCCGCUAGUGGUGAUGUUUAUAGUUACGGCAUCAUGUUGAUGGAAGUUUUGACCAAAAGAAGGCCAACAGAUGAAGAGAUAUGCAAUGAAAAUCUUGACUUGAGGAAAUGGAUCACACAAUCAUUUUCAGGGACUAUAAUGGACGUUGUGGAUGCCAAUCUUUUUUCCGAGGAAGAACAGAUCACUUCCCAAAGUGAAAUCUGCAUAGCCUCCAUGAUAGAAUUGGGUUUAGACUGCACAAAGGAAAUGCCAGAAUCAAGAAUAACCAUGAAAGAAGUAGUCAAGAGGCUUAGCAAAAUCAAAAACACAUUUCUGGAAACAUAGAAGUGAUCAGCAUCUCUUCCGAUAGUGUUCUUUUCUGAUGCUUUUUGGUUUCUUUAGUAAAGUUGUCGUAUGGUACUUACUUGGAGUCAUGUAUUGUUUGUAAUUUCAUUUGAGUGGUUUUGAACCUGUUCUACUUUUAGCUAUUUGUAAUUAUGUUUUGAAUGCUAGCUAUAAAGAAACCAGAAUGAAUUAAUAAAGAUGUUUAGCUGCA